UACCGUUCGUUUAUUCAAAAAGUGUACUCGGUGCAGGCUUAUUCACGUUCGUUUAUAUUGUAAUUUCGUGCCCUCUGAGCUGCUUUGUACGCUCGCUGGUCACGUGAUGACGACUCCGCUCUGAUCUUUGAAUAAAAUACCGAACGCAAAACAAAUUACCUACCAUUACAUAAAUUGACAGCAUUGAUAAUGGGUAUCAAUUUUCCAGCACGCGUGCCGAAGUGCCACUUCGCUACCAAAUUGAUUGAGGAUGUAGCUUCACCGAUCGGUUAAUCAGGUUUGGAAACGGAACCCACCCUAAUUUUAAUUGUCAAUAAUGUCAAUAGUGAAGGAAAUUUGACAGUUUGAUGUGAUGUGAUAAAUAAACUCUGAUAAAUAAAACAAAUUGUAAAUAGAAAAUGCGGAUAACAAAUUGUUUCAAAUUUUGAAUGAAAUAUUUCAGGAAAUUCAGUGAAAAUAAAUAGAAAACAUGGCAGUGGAUCUUAGCAGGCACAAUGCCGCGUUAAAAGAUGCUUGGAGGGACGUUUUGAAUGAUAAAACCGAUACAAAUUGGGCUCUUUUUGGCUAUGAAGGUCAAUCUAAUUCCCUAAAAUUGGUUGGUAAAGGAGAUGGAGGCAUAAACGAAUUGAAGGAAGACCUGAAUUCAGGAAGGAUAAUGUAUGCUUUUGUGAAAUUAAAUGAUCCAUCAACUUCUUUGGAUAAAUGUGUUUUAAUUAAUUGGCAAGGUGAAGGAGCAAACACAGUUAAAAAAGCCAUGUGUGUAAAUCAUUUGAGAGACAUAGAAAAAUUCUUCCCAGGAGCGCAUCUAACUUACAAUGCCCGGAACGAAGACGAAGUAGAUGAUGAUUUGCUGAUUGAGAAACUGAGAAAAGUUGGUUCGGAGUAUAAAUUUAAAAUGAAGGUGGAACCCAUUGAACCAGCAAUGCCAGUUGGUACUAGAUAUCAAAAAGUGAAUGCAGUGAAAGAAAUAAACUCGCAAGAACGCGAUAAGUUUUGGAAAAAAGAGGAGGAAGAAGAAAAACGAAGAUUGGAGCAAGAGAAAAGGAGGAAACAAGAGGAUCAAUUGAAAAUGGAAGUGGAAAGGCAAGAAAGGGAAGAGAAAGAAACAAAAAAAAGAGACCAAGAAACUGAGACUCGUAAUGAGAAAAUUGACCAAUUUAAAAAAACUGAACAUGAUAACUUUAAGCAAGAGACUGAAAAACAAAAUGUAGCACCCGAGAAGCCCGUACGUGCUUCAAUUUUGAAAAGCAGUGCUCAAAACCACGUACAAGCUCAAGUGGUGUCCAGUGACACUCAAAAAUCGCCAACAGAAGUUGUUAAUACUGAACAAGCUGGAAGCGACGAUGAGAGUGAUCAAUAUGCCACAAUAAAAAGGUCGCCAAAAGAUGUAACGAACACGUCAAAAAAUUCCGAAAGUCCUACCUCACAAACGCAACAAGAAAAAACAAACAGUUCCCCGUUCGUAGAACAAACAGUCCAAAUGUUGGAACAAGAUUUUGUUGACGAGUACAUUUACGGGCUUGCCAAGGAAGGAUAUAAGGCUAGAGCCUUAUAUGAUUAUCAAGCUGCUGAUGAUACAGAAAUAUCAUUUGAUCCAGGCGAUUUGAUAACCAACAUAGAAAAAGUCGAUGAAGGUUGGUGGCAAGGUCUUGCACCCGAUGGUAUCACUUAUGGCCUUUUCCCCGCCAAUUAUGUAGAGUUGAUGGAGUAAUAGGUUUACACUGGAAAAAUUAAGCCAAACUUUUAGUGUGUAAAUCUCAAAUUUAAUACUUCCCUUUGAUACGUAUUUUAUCUAUAAGCUUUUCUAUUUUAGCAUUUUCCAAGCUGUGACUAUUUAAAAUUUUAUUUUUAUAAAUUGAAAAUUCUUUUUCGCAAAAUAUCCCAAUGGCCUGUACAACAACAAAUAACACAAACGAAUUCAAUAUGUCUUGAAUGCGAGUGAUUUUUUGGCACAACCUAAAACAUAUUUGUUAAGUUUUCUAUCAAGUUUGUUUUAACAAGAAUAUCGUUUUUGAUUUAUUAUCAAGGAAUCUGACUGGGUCUUGUAACAACAAACGGUAUUGCCUAAUAAUAUUGUUCUUUGCUUUUGUUCUACAAUAUUUUCAAAAGUAUUAUGUAUUUAGAUUUUAUAGAAAGAUAUUUAAGUACUGUUACAAUUUAUAUACAUAUUAGAGAAUAACAUAAAUUAUUCAAAAAUAAUAAAAAAUAUUGCAA